AGAAUCCGCUCUUUUCUCUAUUUUCUUUUUUAGGUUUGACUUUUCUCGCGGUUUGACUGGGCACGGAGACACUACCUGCGGGAUUUGUUGACCGCUACGUGUCUCCCCGAUGAUGUCCAACCGCAUUGCCUGAGAAUCACCUGCCAGGUCCUCCAAUGGCCUCAUCGGUCAGAAAGAGCGGGGCAUCAUCAUCGAACAUCGCUCGUCUCAACGUUGGCCGAUCAUCCCAUGUGCGCUCCAUCGACAGCAGAACGGCUUGGGCGCUUCGUUCUAUGAGCCACGCCGAGGUUCUCCUAGCGGUCCAAGCUGCACACUCGCCACUGACGAGGAUCUAACUUAGCACCUAGUAGAUCCCAACGAACUAAGUUACCACUAGGAACUGACUCAUUUGUGCCUGGCCUCUACACGUGGCGGGGCUGUCGCUAGUCCAGCCCAAAGAGUCGAUACCAUCGUCGCAAAGACCGCACUACUCCUCAUACCCAAACUAGUAUAAAUGAUUGCCCCUGCAGCUGUCUUGCAUCGCAGAUAAGAUCAGACUAUCUCGUAUCUAAGCAAUCAAGUGGAAUCCACACGCAAGCCAAAAUGGCCGAUCGAACACUCAGCCUUCUCAGCCUGGACGGCGGUGGCAUCCGCGGUCUCUCUUCACUGCAUAUUCUCAAGCACUUGAUGGAAUGUAUCAACCCGGAGGAUCCGCCCAAACCAUGCGACUAUUUUGACAUGAUUGGAGGGACUGGAUCGGGAGGGUUGAUAGCGAUCAUGCUUGGCCGACUGAAGAUGGACAUUUACCAGUGCAUCCACGCCUACAAAAGACUGAUGCAGCACGUCUUUACCCGGAAGCGCCUAUCUCUAGGGACAGGGCUCGGAUCGAAGGCGAAAUAUGACAGCCGACGACUGGAGUCCGCGCUCAAGACCAUCCUCAAAGAACUGGGGUACGAGAAGGAUGCGCUGCUGCGAGACGCCGAUAUUACAUGCAGGGUAUUCGUCUGCGUCACUGACGACAGCUCCGAAAAGCUGCUGUCACUGACCAGCUACCCGAGCAAGUACAGCUCGAACGAGCUAUUCAAGAGCGCGCGGGUGUGGGAAGCCACCCAAGCGACCUUUGCGCACACGGGGCUCUUCGAGCCCGUGGCCAUCGGUCCUAGCAAUCGCAAAUUCCACGACAGCACCAGAGAGGCAGGCAAUCCGAUCCGCGAGGUCUGGAUCGAAGCCAAGGGCGUCUGGCCGUCGGGGACCCUGGAGCGGCAGCUACGGUGCAUGGUUUCCAUCGGGGCGGGUACGCCGUCGAUCAAGCGGUCGGCGGGACGUGGCUCGUUCGGGAUGAAGAAGAAGGUGUCUGGUGAUGCGGCGAACACCGAGGCUGAAAUGAACAAGUUUAUCCAAGAGCAUAGCGAGCUGGAUGAUGACGGCCGGCUGUUCCGGUUUGAUGUCCCCAAUGGGUUGGCGGAUAUUAAGCAGGAUGGGGUCGGGGAGAUCAGCACGAUUGUUGACGAGACGCAGAACUAUCUGACCAAGGAGCUUGUCUAUAAGCAGCUGAGGAAGUGUGGGAAAGCUCUUCGUGGGAUUUGAUUGUUUGAGUUGUUUUGGUCUGUUUACGUUGGAGAUAUGGUUUGGCAGAUUGCAUAUACCCCGUUUGUUUUGUAAAGUAAUACACAAAUACUCUAUAUUAUUCCUUCAUACAAGCAA